AUGGUAGUACAGCACCGUCAACGACCCCCCAACAAACCGUUCAAUCCUUUUGGACGCGGUGGUUCCGGUCCCAGUCUCUCCUACAACGAUACGCGCUACCGGCACACUGCUUCGCGUAACACUUUUCGCAAUGCCGCCGGCGCCAACGCUCGAGGGAGCUUUUCCGGGUGUCUCUCACCGGCGGUUCUUUUUGUCUUGGUAGUGAUUGCAACUAUUUCCUCGUAUGGCUUUAUGUCGACUCCGGAGCCCAACGGUCCGGUCGCGACAUCCGAUAAACAGGAAGGAGGCGGCAUCGGAGCUGGGGCAUUGUCCCCCACAAAGUCUGCGUCCGGCGCUCUUGAUAAAUACGGCAAGAGCCAGAGUUCGGGCUCGGCACGACAGUCGGAUUCCGCUAUGCAAAAGUCGGGCCAUAACGAAUAUGCAGAGCCCGAGUUUCCGUAUCAUGAGCAGCGAGAUACAAACGUGCAAGCCUAUUCGUACGGUGAUGCGGCUGAAGAGGUCGCGUUUCCAGAAAUCCCACCAGAUCUCAAUACAAGGAACGGUAAUCCCUUUGAGCACCAUCGUAAUCAAAAUUUGGAAGAGGACAAGCAAGGCGGCGUCCAUUCGAAUUCAGGACCCUCAGCGGACCUUCAACACCGCGAAAGUCAAUUAGUAAAUGAGGAGAGGCAAGGCGACUUCGAUGUUAAAACAGGACCCUCAGAGGAUUCUGAACACGUCGUGAGUCUACCAUUGACAGAGGAAGAGCAAGGUGACCUCGAUGUUAAGACGGGACCAUCAGAGGAUUCUGAACACUUCGUGAGUCUACCAUUGACAGAGGAAGAGCAAGGCGACUUAGAUGUUAAAACAGGACCCUCAGAGGACCGCGACCACAUCGGUAGUCCACCGUUGGUAGAGGGACGGCAAGGCAACUUAGAUGUUAAGACGGGGCAAUCAGAGGAUUCUGAACACUUCGUGAGUCUACCAUUGACAGAGGAGAAGCAAGGCGACUUAGAUGUUAAAACAGGACCCUCAGAGGACCGCGACCACAUCGGUAGUCCACCGUUGGUAGAGGAAGAGCAAGACGACGAAGAGUCCAACAGGGGGUCCUCAGCGUACCACGAACGCACUACCAACAAGAGCUUGGCUGAGGAGGAACAAGGCGACGAAGAGUCCAAGACCCGACCCUUCGAGGAUCCAGAUCACGAAGGCGAAGACCAAAAUGAUCCUGAUGCUGAUGAAGCCAAAGGCCUUUUACCUCAGAUCGAUUCGAACGAUACUGUUGUGACGGACGUUUCAAUUGAAAAAAUGCGAUUUAAGGAUGAGCCGUCGUAUCUGUUGCAGAACGCGGAGGAAGGUAAAGUACAAGACAAUAUUGAAGUGGAGCGAUUCGGUCAUUUGCCUCCUGGAAUGCUUGAUACUGAGACAAGCUUGGGCAAAAAUUCCCUCAGCAACGAAACAAUUGAGGAGGAUUCUUUUCCAUCUCCUGUCGAGAUCAGCCAGGCUGGAAAUGUAACGGAUGCAGACUCCAUCGCAGCCGACAGCAACUCGACGCAGCCAUACUUGCAGGCCAAUGAUACUGGCUUUUCAGGUCGACAUACAAUUCAGUCAAUUGCAAAAACUUAUGCGAACAAGUCAGGGACUUUCGUUUCGGAGAAUAAAUUUAAUACAAUGUUUGCCGGCCCAACGGGCGCCCACGAUAAGUCUGCAAUCAUCGAAAUACCGUCGAUUGUUGAAGUCAUUGAUGGAAAUUUCGAAAAUAAAGGCAACUCGUCAAAGUUAAAGUCUGCAUAUGUCGUCUCGAAAGAAGCCGACGAAACUGGUUCCCUUGCUGGCAAUGCCAGCCCUUCUGCAGAAACCAGUCCCAUAACAUCGGAACGAGGCUCCGAGCCGUGGUCAAUGGAGUCGAUAAACAAUUCGCUUAUAACAAAACCCGUGGACGCAUCUGAGCUUGAGCAUAAGCAUGUAAAAGACUUGGUGCAAAUAAACAGGAUCAGUGAAGAGAGCGGUGGCACGCAGUACAAAAAGUCACUUAAUGGUGGGGAAAACGAUACCGAGAAUUUGUCGACCCAUUCUAAGCUGAAUGUAGUACCGUCCACAUUUUUCAAUGAGAGUGCGCUCACAUCACCGGAGGCCUUUAUCAUGUCCAAAUUGACUUCUAACCACUCGGGAUGGCCCGAUCCCGUGACUCCGGCCAGUCUGGUCGAAAGAAGGGAGAUGGAUGCGAACGUCACUCAGCUUUACUCUACUGGCUCUUCUUACAUGUCCAUUGCUACGGAAAAGAACGCUACAGGAGUCGCAAAGACUCUCACAAAAAGCGCUAAAAGGAAGCCUUUUGAGAACACAACCGAACAUGUCAACAUCAAAGGCUAUCUCAAGGCAGAUGGGGCAACUAGGCCGAAAACAAUGAUCGCCACAACGGCAAAGUCCAACAUCACCAACAUUGCCGUUUCUCAAGCGAGCUUGUCGGCGUCUGAUGCAAACGUGACCGAGUUGGAGUCCGAAGCCUUGAGGAACAUCUCCAAGACUGAUAGAGACCAUCCACACCGUUCACUCAAUUUGAGCGCUGCCACUUUUCAUCAAGAGUCCGUUUUGCGGAACAAAACGCACAAGUUUCUGCACGAUAAAAAGACGAGACACUCGCACGGAAAGUCUCCGGACAAGACUAGGUCUUCUAACAAAGAAAAACAGAUUGACACCACUGACAAAAACUCCGCGCUAAGCCCGACAAGGAAUACGACUUUAGUGGUCAAGGAAGUGAAGAAACAAUCGCGCGAACAGAAUGAUCCGCACGUACACGACGAUGAUACUGGUCAGCAUAGCGAGUCAAGAAACACUACGAUUCUCAAAAUGCACAAGUCCUCGGCGCGCAAAUCGCUACGAGUAAAAUAGUCGUAGUUUAUUGGAAAUACCUCGCUGACUGCUGGUGAAU